UCAAUGAGUGUGACCAACUCCUCUGUAUACCGAUCAGAGUGCAGUUUCCAGCAGACCUCUUCAUCCAGCAACCCAUACAUGGAGAAGAGCAGGGGGCUCUUUGCAGAAGACUUUGGCUCUUUCAUGCAUCCUGAAACGGAUGUCUUGGGAUUUCCCAGUCGGACGUGGACAGCAGGGAAGAUCAAACCAAUGGGAGACAGCUACCAGUUCACAGUGGACGUCCAAGACUUCUCUCCAGAGGACGUCAUCGUCACCACCUCCAACAACCAGAUCGAAGUCCAUGCAGAAAAGUUGGCGGCGGACGGUACAGUGAUUAACACUUUUACCCACAAGUGCCAGCUGCCUGAGGAUGUGGACCCCACCUCUGUGACAUCAACAUUGGGCGCAGAGGGAACGCUGACAGUUAAGGCCCGCAGACACCCAUCCAAGCAUGAGCUCACACAGACCUUCCGCACCGAGAUCAAGAUCUAG